GAGCUGCAGAUAUUCAACGUUGAUAUACUUCCAUGCGUCGCCGAAAUACCCAGCAUUGAAAUUCUGAACGAUGGGUCAUUCGAAAUCGUUGCUCGGAAAGUGCACUUGCCAGCUUUACAAAAUGCCGUACAGAAUCUUUUCUUGAAUGCUCAGCUCGACAAAAAUUAUAAUCCUUUGAACCCCACUGGCAAGGACGUCGCUUUGGGGUUUCUCCUUGGCGCACGAAAAAUGGCAGGAAUCUCGUUCUACAGACGUGCCCUGAGAGUGACCCAAUCGGAUGACGCGCGCGCGGCGGCAUUUUACCGGUAUUUGCUUGAUAUUAAUAGUUUCCAGAGGAACUAA